AUGACAGCAUCAAUGACCACAAGAUCAAUGGAUAACAAUGAUUUUGUUGCAAUAAUUAUGAAAGAUCAUGAAAAAGUAAAUGAACUUUAUGAUGAAUUUAAUACUAUUGGUAAUGCUGAAGAUCAACAACAAAUUUUAUUUGAAUUUAUUCGUGAAUUAAGUGUACAUUCACAUAAAGAAGCAUUAUUUUUAUAUCCAUUAAUGGAAAAAGUGUUACCCGAUGGUAAAAAAUUGGUUAAAGAAGCGAUCGAUGAACAUCGAACAGUUGAAACAUUAUUACAACAAAUAGAUAUGUUAGCUGAUGAUGUACAAAAUAUAUCAAAAAUAAAACCGUUAUUCAAAAAAUUAAUGGUGGAUUUAACUAAACAUAUUGAAGAAGAAGAAACAGAUUUAUUACCAAGUAUGAAAGAAAAUUUGGAUAAAUCAACAGCUGAUCAAUUGUUAAAAGAUUGGCAAACGGAAAAAGUAUCAACACGACCUCAUCCCGAUGCACCAAUGGAAGCAUCAGUUAAUGUUCUUGCUGAAGCUGAUAGAAAAGCGGCACAAGAAGAUAAAUUAUUAGAUAAAAAACGUUUUGGAAGUUCAAAACAUGCAAAUGAUGAUGCAAAGAAAAUAUUACAUCAUUAA